AAUAAACAGGGAACCUCAGACUUAAAUGCUCCCUGAAAGCAUCUAGCUGGGAACGGAGCAGGAAUGCAGAGAGAGGCCUCCGAAUAAUUACUAAGUGAUAAAGGUUCAGUUUAAUACAAGGAGAAAAAAAAAAUGAUGCUUUUUGUUAACGAUCCAGCUUCUCCUUUCUUCUCCAAACACACCCGGAGGGGUAAACUCCAGUCUCGCCAAUACGUAAGCUGGUGGUUAACUUUGUGAACGCAGAGUUCAGUGCAACUACUCAUGCCCAGAAAACACGCAAGUAUUUUCAACGUGGGCGAUAAGAAGGAACAUUUAAAAAAUAUUCUCUGUCCCACGAGAAGUGAGAAAGGGGAAAAAACCCCCCAAACUGGAAAGUCCUAAAGUGCAGAGGGCUUGUGGUAGUCAAACACGUGCAUCGUAAAUGCACCAAAGGUCCUGAUUGCAGGGUAAACUCCGAGUAACUGCUCUGGGCUCUUGAUUUCUGAGCCUCAGGUGUUGCGUGUGAUGCCUGCAUGUUCGGAAAAAGCUACAAGUGCAAAACAGUCUUGUGCAGCGAGAUGCGUUUGUGGCAGGAGGUGAUGCGGGCAGCGUAUCCUGGUUCUGCUCCUGGAACUGGAUCCACAUGGGCGAGUCUUUGUGUCCGUGCAAGGCGCUGUUGAGCAGCUCUUGGCAAAUACUCGUUCCCAUGUGUGAAGAUGUCCUUAGUGGACCUAGGGAAGAGGUUGCUAGAAGCAGCUCGCAAAGGCGAAGAUGACGAAGUGCGAAAGCUGAUGGCAAGGGGUGCUCCCUUCACCACUGACUGGCUCGGGACGUCGCCGCUUCACCUCGCUGCCCAGUACGGCCACUAUUCGACAGCAGAAGUGCUGCUUCGAGCUGGUGUUAGCAGAGAUGCUCGAACAAAAGUGGACCGAACGCCACUACACAUGGCUGCAGCCGAUGGACACACUCACAUUGUAGAACUGCUAAUUAGGAACGGAGCCGAUGUAAAUGCCAAGGACAUGCUGAAAAUGACGGCUUUGCACUGGGCGACAGAGCACAACCACCGAGACGUCGUAGAGCUGCUCAUCAAAUACGGAGCUGAUGUCCAUGCUUUCAGCAAGUUUGAUAAAUCGGCUUUUGAUAUUGCUUUGGACAAGAACAAUCCAGAGACUCUGGUAAUGCUACAGGAAGCAAUGCAGAACCAAGUAAACACUCAUCCAGAGAGAACAGAUCCCACCACCAACACUGUGACUCUCACCCCACCAUUUAUUUUUACGCCAGGGGAAGUUCUCAAUCUCACUAAUCUCAUCUCUUCAGCAAACACCAAAACAACCUCAGGUAAAACGGAGGAAAUAGCGGAAGCAAAUUCUGUCAAUUCUACCCUACAACAAGUGGUUGGCAGCGGAGGGCAGCAUGUCAUCGCCAUUGUAACGGACGGGGUUCCCCUGGGCAGCCUGCAAACAGCCAUCCCCACCAGCGGCCUCAGCCAGCCCUUCAUCCUAACCAUGCAAGAUGGACAGCAAGUUUUAACUGUACCUGCUGGUCAGGUUGCAGAAGAGACUGUUAUUGAAGACAGAGAUGACGCAGAAGAGGAGGAAAAGCCGCUGGCCAAAAAGCAAAAAGUGGAACAAGAUGUAGAUGACUCAAAGGAAGACAAGGACAGCGUUGAAAGGGAAGUGCUACAGCAGCAGUUGCAAGAGGCGAACCGGAAGGCUCAGGAAUAUCGCAGCCAGCUCAUGAAGAAAGAGCAAGAGGCGGAGGAGUACCGGCUGAAGCUGGCAGCCAUGGCGAGGCAGCAGCCCAACGGAGCGGAGGUGACGGUGCUCGAAGAGGUCGUCGAGGCAGACCCGCUCGUGGUAACCUCGGAGGACAUCAAGGAAUCCAUGCUGGCCGUGUUGGAGACGGAUCAGCCAACUGAUAUCGCUGUGGAAACUGUUACCUCCUAGUCCUCGGCGAUUGACUGGGUUUUGUAAAGGAAAAUAAUUUUUUUGUUGUUGUUUUUUUUUGUUAAAUAAGGUGCUGUUGGCAAACGGUGUUGAGAGCAGAGGGCUGUUGUCAAAGCCACCCCAUCACCAGGGGCAGAAGGUUCUCCAACCGCUUGCAACAUAACUCUGCUUCCAGCACGGUGCCAAAAGGUGCUUUUAAAGCUUGACCUUGAGAGAUUGGAAGCUUUUUUACAAAAUUUUAGCCAGCGAGUGACCUGAUGGCUUAUUUGGUGAUGUCAAUACCUGCGUUGUUGGGCAGUGGAAUAGAAAUACCUCAUUGCCAAAGCAGCUGGUAGUAGCGCUCGGCUGCCUGGAAAUCACAGCACUGAAAACAGACUUUCUGCAAUAACCGGAGGUGUUCGCUCCCUUCUGCGAAGUCGAGUGACCGGAUCUGCACCUUCACGAAAAGGAGUCUCUUGGGGUUUUGCUUUAAAAUAAUCCUCUAAAGUGCGGAGGGGAUUUCUCCUUUCAGCCAGAAAGGGAAUUCCAUGUUCUUUUUCUUCCAGUGCCAUGAAUCUUUUUGAUUGUGGCAACCUUCAAUGCAAGAGCAAAGGCCAGGCUGAAUGUCAGCCGGAGCGUUUCAUGGUAUCAGGGAACACCAGGCUUCACCCUCUUUGUUUCAGGAACAAUUUUGGGGAGCUCUCUGUCAGACCUCUUAACUCCCCAAAGGGAUCACAAAAAAAUUCCUCCUCAUUUUUAUGGUAUUUAGUCAAAUGUUCUAUUUGACACUUCUGUGCUGAACAGUAGCGUUAACUGAUUAUAUAUGCAGAACUAUACAUACGGCGGUUGCAAGACAGCUUGGGAGUCGAGUUGUCUCUGGAGAUACAUAUGUCACUUUUUUUACUAGACAGUUUUUAUUUUUAAAGAUACUAAAACCUUUUUUAACAAGCAGCUGAUCUUGUUACUGAAAUGUUCGGGUUUGGGGGUUUGUUUUUUUUUUUACUCUUUGCAGGCCUGUUUAGUGCAGGGAUCCGUUUAGUACAGCAGAUUAUGGGUUUCAAGCCAGCAGGGAACCGAUUGGAAGCGCCCCAAAUAAUUGCGUGGAACUCGAUAGUGAAAGAUUAUCAAGUGAAAUUUAGAAAAAAAUACCAUAAACAAGGGAAAUUUAGAAAAAUGCCAGCAGGCAAGCUGUGCCGUCUGUCGCAAAAAGGUUCUAAGGGCAAGGAGCGGCUUGGAGCUCGGAGGCCCCGGCAGCUGGCCUGCUCUCCGUCUUCCUGCAGAUCAAAAUCCAUAGCUCUUUUGGCCCGUAGUUUAUUGGCUCAGGGUUUGUUGGGGCUUUUUGUCCUCCUUUUGUAACCGUUGGCAGUAUUCAAGGUAAUAAUUUGAUUUCGUGGUCCUUGCAUUGCGUUUUUUCCUGUUAUUUCCAAGUGUAUCCAGAUAACGUGGUUUUCUGUUGGUUCAGGUACUGCCUUUAACAUUUCUUUGCCGAUAGAUCAGCCAUGUCGUGAUGUCGGAGACGUAAUAUGGACUCACAGAUUCCUAAAGGUAUGAACAUACGGUCGUGGCUCUGAAGGAAUCUCUCACCUCAGGAGGAAACUGCUUUUCAUCCUAAAAUCAGUCGGUUCCCGGCGGUUGGGCUGGAAGGGAAGGUGGGAUCUGCCGAAAUCCCGUCUUCAGCAGCGUCUCACCGGUCGGGUUCACCAACGAGCGGUGGGAGAGGAAGGUUUAUGUGACUGUUACUGUAAAGGCUUCGCGAGAUUUGCUGGGUUUUGAGAAUCUAAGUGCAUUUAUUUAUAACCAGUGUAGCUAUAUUUAUAAAUAAGACUCUUUUUUUUUUUAAUCUUUUUCCAAAAGAUGUUUUGAAGAAGGCUUUAAUAAUUAUUUUUUAUGAAUGAAUGUUUGGAGAGACUUGGUUCCUGGUUAUCGAUUACUUUGGCGGUUCCUCGCUGACUUGGAGCGUACGUUAUUUUCUUUCGUUCCCCGAAACAUUGACAAUUUGGGUCUGUUUGAACUAAAAAUCUGCCUCGGAGGGUUCGAGACAGUAUUAGAGUAAAUCCUGGCAGAUUCUUCUCAUGCCCGGAAGCGUUUACUGAUGUAAAGGGACACUGUCAACAU